CCAGAGAAACGAAGAAAGAGGAUGUUGCUGAGGUAACACGAUCUAUCGGGUCGGCUGAGAAAACGAUAGCUGAUUGAACCGUGCCAGAGACCAGGAGGGAGAUCAUCAGGUGACGAAACGGAGAGGAUUCCGGUGAACGGAACUGAAAGUAUAAAAUGGGUUUUCCACGAAGGAGAUCCUUGUGGCUGAAGGUGGCCAUUUUAGCCACGGCGGUUUGGGCCACCGUCUGCUUCCUGCUGUACACGGAGGACCGAGCAAACGCCGCCGUGCAGGGUUUGGCUCCAUCGGGCGUCGCGGCGCCUCAGAUGGCCAAUGGUUUUGUGCCAGCAGCCGCCCCUCUUAGGAAGGAGACACCAUUGAACGUGCAGCCGAAGCAGAAGGUUGUGCAGGCUGGUCCCGAGCAAGGUGGUGGCGUACUUGCCGCACCUCGGGACCAAGACACAAGUGCGCCUGGUGAAAUGGGACGGCCAGUGAUUCUGCCAACGAAUUUGACUACCGAAACGAAAAAACUUGUUGACGAUGGAUGGUUGAACAACGCGUUCAAUCAGUACGUCAGCGACUUGAUUUCCGUUCACAGAACGCUACCGGACCCUCGUGAUCCAUGGUGCAAAGAACCAGGAAGAUACAUGCAGGAACUUCCCGCAACAGCGGUGAUAAUUUGCUUUCAUAACGAAGCGUGGUCAGUACUGCUGAGAACGGUACAUUCCGUUUUGGACAGAUCACCGGAACACCUGAUUCAGGAGAUCAUUUUAGUUGAUGACUAUUCUGAUAUGCCCCAUCUCCAGCGCCAGCUCGAGGACUAUAUGAUGAACUAUCCGAAGGUGCAGAUCAUUAGAGCGCAAAAACGGGAGGGUCUUAUUAGAGCGCGUUUGCUCGGCGCUGCAGCCGCGAAGGCUCCGGUCCUCACAUAUUUGGACAGCCACUGCGAGUGCACCGAGGGUUGGCUGGAGCCGCUUCUUGAUCGUAUCGCCAGAGACUCGACCACGGUCGUCUGUCCUGUGAUCGACGUGAUCGACGACACGACCCUUGAAUAUCACUGGAGGGACUCGGGCGGCGUGAACGUGGGCGGGUUCGACUGGAAUCUUCAGUUCAACUGGCACGCGGUGCCAGACAGGGAGAAAAAGAGGCACAAGAAUCCUGCGGAGCCCGUAUGGUCACCGACCAUGGCCGGCGGCCUCUUUUCGAUAGAUCGAGCUUUCUUUGAGCGCCUCGGCACAUACGACAGUGGUUUCGACAUUUGGGGCGGCGAAAAUCUCGAGCUCUCUUUCAAGACCUGGAUGUGCGGAGGCACUCUGGAAAUCGUGCCGUGCUCGCACGUGGGCCACAUCUUCCGGAAACGUUCGCCGUAUAAGUGGCGCAGCGGCGUGAACGUGCUCAAGAGGAACAGCAUAAGGCUGAGCGAAGUGUGGCUGGACGAGUACGCCAAGUACUACUACCAGAGGAUAGGCCACGACAAGGGUAACUACGGCGACGUAUCGGACCGGAAGACGCUGAGGAAGAAGCUCGGAUGCAAGUCGUUCAAAUGGUACCUCGACAACGUUUACCCGGAGCUCUUCAUACCAGGCGAGGCUGUGGCUUCCGGCGAGGUUCGUAAUCUCGGGGAGGGAGGCAACACCUGUCUGGAUUCACCGGCACGCAAGGCAGAUUUGCACAAACCGGCCGGGCUCUACCCAUGCCAUCGACAGGGCGGAAAUCAGUACUGGAUGUUGAGCAAGACCGGGGAGAUCCGUCGAGACGAGUCGUGCUUGGAUUACAGCGGCACUGAUGUCAUCCUCUAUCCUUGUCACGGCAGCAAGGGAAAUCAGCAAUGGGUAUAUAAUCCUCAGACCAAACAAAUUCGACACGGUAGCAGCGACAAGUGUCUAGCGAUCACCGAGAGCAAGCAACGGCUCAUAAUGGAGGAGUGUUCACCGACGACGACGAGACAGAGGUGGUCAUUCGAGAACUAUGAUCCGUCGAAGCUGUGAUAUCGCGCCUUUUCACGUCGCCAGUCGAGAAACACCGGGCGUAAGUUCGAUCGUCCCGGCACUUGGAUCACCGAUCAACGUUAUUCGGUCGCGAGGACGCGAUUCGGCAGAUAGAUCCCGUGGUCUCGGGGCCGGGGCGCCUCGAUUCAUCGACUGGAUGCUCAAGAUCGACUGAGAAGACGAAAAGGUUCCCGGGGGAGCUCGUGAGAGAAAUCGAAAUCCGUCAAGGGAUGAGGCUUCGAGCGAAGAGAAACGAUCCAAUUCGCCGAUCGUCAGCUGUAACUUCAACCUAUAAAACGGACGGAGGUGCAAUAGAUAUAUCGACUUAAGGGUGAUCGA